AUGGGGGCACAACUGGUGCGAAACCUGAGAGCAGGAAACAGAGCGAAAGGAUCCGCAAGCUGCACGCUCUGGCUGUUCGGAAACCUCCCUCCGCCUCCUCAGAGCCCUCAGACUCCCGCGGACGCCGCCAUCUUCCGCAGGUCGCGGGCGCCGCGCCGUCACUCCCGAGCGCCUGCCGCGCACGCCCGCAGUCAAUCAGCAGCACGAAAGCACCUUGCCCCACCCCCUUCGAGCCGCGCUCUGGAAGAAGACUCCAAGUCCCAGAGGGCGCCUCGCACACCGCAUCACGUGUUCUCUUUGCUCACCAAUGGGUGGAAGCACCGCCUCAGCCUGCUCCCGCCCCCCAGGCGCUACCGGGCCAAUCGGGAGGGGUGGUGUCAUGUGGACACGGGGAACUCUUACCUCUGUGGGUACCUGAAGAUUAAAGGCCUUACUGAGGAGUACCCAACCCUUACGACCUUCUUUGAAGGAGAAAUAAUCAGCCAAAAACACCCUUUCUUAACUCGAAAGUGGGAUGCGGAUGAAGAUGUUGAUCGGAAACAUUGGGGCAAGUUCCUGGCUUUUUAUCAGUAUGCAAAAUCCUUUAAUUCAGAUGACUUUGAUUAUGAAGAGCUGAAGAAUGGGGAUUAUGUCUUCAUGCGGUGGAAGGAACAGUUCCUGGUCCCAGACCACACAAUCAAAGACAUCAGCGGUGCUUCCUUUGCCGGGUUCUACUACAUCUGCUUCCAGAAGUCGGCAGCCUCCAUAGAGGGCUACUAUUACCAUAGAAGCUCAGAAUGGUAUCAGUCGCUCAACCUAACGCACGUUCCUGAACACAGCGCACCCAUCUAUGAAUUCCGGUGACAGUGGUUCAGAACAGCAACCAAAUAAAACUGAACUUGGCAAAAAAGAACUUUGCCAAGAAAAUUGUGUGCUUGCCGGAA